UCCAGGCAUCAACACAGCCCCAUUCCCCCUCUCAUCUUUCUCUUCUUCUUCUUCUUCGUUCGGUAUAAAUAUAUCACAGUGUUGAAACCAUAAACACAGUUAGUUACGUUCCAUUUCUUGCUUAGCUUAGCUUAGCUUGGUGUUACAGAAAUGGGUGACGCAGGCGGCGGUUCAGCCACGGCGAGGAGAAUGGGGUUCGCCAUACCGGAAAAGGUUCAGCUCCACGUGGCCAUGUUGGCCUUGCAGUUCGGAUACGCCGGUUUCCAUGUCGUCUCCAGAGCCGCCCUUAACAUGGGCAUGAGCAAGAUUGUGUUCGCCAUCUAUCGCAACAUCCUCGCCUUCCUCCUCCUCCUCCCCUUCGCCUAUUUUCUCGAAAAGAAAAACCGACCUCGCCUCACCUGGAACUUUGCCGUUCAGUUCUUCCUCCUGGCAAUUGUUGGAAUUACUGCAAAUCAAGGGUUUUACUUGUUGGGAUUGGACAACACUUCCCCUACAUUUGCUUCUGCGAUACAGAAUUCUGUUCCAGCCAUUACUUUCGUCUUAGCCGCCAUUCUCAGGAUAGAAACUGUGAGGCUGAACAGAAAAGAUGGAAUAUCCAAGGUGGCGGGAACUUUUCUGUGCGUGUGUGGGGCCACGGUGAUCACGCUGUACAAAGGUCCCACUAUCUACAGCCCGACAACUCAUCACCCGUCGCUGCAAAAGAUUCCGGCGAGGCUCGCCCUCGGAGACGCGAGUGGGAAGAACUGGACUCUGGGCUGCGUUUUCUUGAUCGGCCAUUGCCUGUCGUGGGCCAGCUGGCUGGUGCUUCAAGCCCCGGUUCUGAAGAAGUACCCGGCCCGCCUCUCCGUCACCUCUUACCAGUGCUUAUUUGGUGUUCUUCAGUUCCUCGCCAUCGCCGCCGUCUUUGAAAGAGACGCGGAAAAAUGGCAUAUCAAUACCGGCGCCGAACUCUUCAGCGUCUUCUAUGCUGGAGUGGUGGCAUCUGGGAUUGCAUUCGCUGUACAGAUAUGGUGCAUUGAUAGGGGUGGCCCGGUGUUCGUGGCGGUGUAUCAGCCAGUUCAGACACUCGUUGUCGCCAUUGUCGCCUCCGUCGCACUCGGAGAAGAGUUCUACCUGGGAGGGAUAAUAGGAGCGGUGUUGAUCAUAAUCGGGUUAUACUUUGUCCUGUGGGGCAAAAGCGAGGAAGCAAAGUUUGCCAAGCUGGCGGCAGCCGGCGGAGUUCAGUCGCCGGCGGUGGACCACGGACCCAGCAGCCACAUCAAGUCGUCAUCUCUGGGCCAGCCACUGCUGCAGCCGACGGACCACGUUUGAGCGCCAAAAACCGGCGACACAACUUUUAUCCAACUUAAUUCAUGAUUUACUUUAAUUUCCUGUCUUACUUUACUUCAAGAAAAAGAAAGAAAGAAAGAUAUAUAUAGCAUGCAGCAUAUGAAGAUGGCUUGAUGUUUUUACUUUUUGAGUGUGUUUGUAGUCUUUGUACCAAACUCCUUUCACUCUAUUUUAUGUUAUUUUAAAUUAUUCAGUA